GUUUUUGACGGCUACAGUUGGCUAGCAAUAUGGAUAAGUACAUUAACUGUUGGGUUGGUUCUGCUGGUAAUAGUUCAUGUUUCAAAAAGGCAUAUGGGCAUUCAAAAGACUGACGGUAUUCUGGUAAUGUUAAUGCCUAUAAGUAUGCUCAAUGCAGAACAGAUGCCUGACUGGUUUGAGGUCAAAUCAAAAAGAGUUGUAUCUGGGAGUAUUUUAAUAUUAACCUGGGCCCUCUGUUCAACGGUUCUUUCCUUUGCUUUCUCCUGCAACCUAAGAGCGAUUAUAUUGAAACCUACAGAAAAAUUUCCAGUUGACUCAGCAGCACAAAUUCUUAGAGAAAACAGGGUUGCGGUUCUCCUUGAAGCAUCUCGACACGCUGCUCUACUCAGCUCAUCUCCUGUAUUCGCUCAUUCUCAAGUUUUAAACAAUGCAAGAUGUUGUAANAGAUUCUAUAAUCCAAAGAUUGAACCUGUUGGGAAAGUUCUAAUGGGAAUCCUCAAUAACUCUAACGAAGUUCUCUUAAUGACAGAGAGUGUUGUUAACUAUUUUGAAGAGCAGAAUCCUGGACUUGAAACCCUUCCCCAACCCUUGUUUCAUAUUAGUCAGGAAAAGAUAUCUCCAUACUACGGAGCCUGGAUGGUUGAGAAAGGAUCAAAAUGGAAAGACGACAUCAAUCAUCAUAUUCUCGUCUGCUCCCAGGUUGGCUUUGAAAAUAAACAUGGACGGCAGAAAGUUUUUAAUAAUAUUGGAAAUUCAAACGAGGAAAAACUUGGCCCUGAACAUCUUCUUCUGUCCUUUCUUAUCCUCGGUACAGGGAUCAUCUUUUCUAGCGCAGGAAGAAAUGUUUUUAUUCAAAAAAUAUUGUUCAGUCAGAACCAGAAAACUAUAGCCAAGAAAAGACCGCAGAAAUAAUGACUUUAAAUAGUUUAAUAAACAUGGGACACAGCAAUUGUGCAGUGUGAACAGACCCAAUUAACUUGAAAAGUGAUUUAAGAAAAAAAACUGUAGUAAAACUAAUGAUUUAGAUAGACCAAGUAAACAUGAACCAUACCAAUUGUUCGGUGUGGACAGGUCCAUUCAAGUAGCGCAAUUAGUUUUUUUAAGCAACUUGUAAAACUAUUUGCUUUGUAACAUCAAAAACACAAAAUUAUUUUUCUUCCUAUUCCACAGUUUUCUGGUUCGCACUGUACAUGUAAUUUGAUAGCUGCAAAU